CAAAAGAUGCGAGUGGAUGCUGAGGAAAUCUGCUGCAAAUGUUCCUCACAAUACACGUCCAAGUUUAUGACAUGGAAAGCAAACAAAAUUUGCGCUCCUCGCUGGCCAAAAUAUAAAAUCUGUCGUCACCCCCGGGCAUGAACAUUUUCCCAAUCCUGAAAAGGCGGACGCCGAUGCCGACACCUUCGCCGGCGAAAUACCCGUAAUCGAUCUCUCCCUCGAGAACCAAAAGCUGGUCUCUCAGGUCGGCAGUGAACCAAUCGGGGUACUACGACGGCGAGCGGUGUACGAUUAUCUUGUUAAAAACUCUCUGGAAGUUCCAAUUUCUCCUCAUCUCGAAGACCAGGAAACGAAGACAAUCACCAUUCGAUUGCCCCAAUACCCACCUGAAUUCUGGUAAUGUUAACAGUAUUAUCUCAGAAAACUUUACACAGAUUUUCAUUUUCAUUUUCUUAAUAACUACCAGUAUAAAAUUGUGUAUAUAUAGGGAGACAUUGGAAGAGUAUGGUCGUGAAAUGGACAAGUUGGCAUAGAAGUUACUGGAGCUUGUUGCGCUGAGCUUGGGCUUAGCAGCUCAGAGAUUCCAUGAAGCGAGGCAGAAGUGUACCGGAUUAAUAUUUUAUUAAUUAAUAUACCAUACAUAUUUUCCCUCACUUUUUGCGGCUCUUUAUAGGCAUAGCUACAUUCCACCGACAACCCCCACACGAUCAGUCGAUGUCGAUCACAUCCGAAUAUAUAGAUCUUUUGUUGACUUUUUGUUGCCUGCCAUGUCUUGGCCCAUUACUCACUUGCAUUUUGAACCCUGUAGUGCGCGUCUCUUCGUUCUUGUCUUCUCUGUAUUGGGUACUCUGCUAGGUCUCACUUCUGUUUCAUACCGGCUGCCAUGACUGCUAUGAAAACUUUGUGGUGCAGGACGAAACCCUCUUUCAAUUAUGCGCUCCCUGUGUGUGUGUGUGUGUGUGUGUGUGUGUGUGUGUGUUUCUCUUUCCAAGAUUCAUUGAACUAUGAUGCAUGUCGUGCUGAACUCUGCCUUGAAACGCUUUACACUUCACAGAAUGAAUGUACAGAAUUCCAGACUACUUUCAAUCUCUCUCUGCUCUACUUUGCAGCCUGUAUCUGCACCGCCUCAGUGGCGAGAGCUCCGCAGCAUUAUAAUGUCAAAUAGUGGUGGACUGGAUGACCUGGAAUUGAGUCUGAAUAAGUUUAAGGAUUCUUUAACUUCGUCUCUUGUUGCUCAGACUAUUGAGGAUUGUAAAUAUGAGGCACAAACCAGAAGACUGCUUAGGUUUUUCUUAUGGUCUAGCAAGAAUUUGAAUUGCAAUUUGGAAGACAGGGACUAUAACUAUGCUCUUAGACUUUUCGCUGAAAAGAAAGACCACAUAGCAAUGGGUAUCUUGGUUGGGGAUCUUAAGAAGGAGGGUCGAGUCAUGGAUGCUCAUACUUUUGGUCUUGUGGCUGAGACUUUGGUUAAAUUGGGAAAAGAAGAUGAGGCAUUGGGUAUUUUCAAGAACUUGGACAAGCACAAGUGUCCUCAGGAUGAAUUCACAGUCACUGCUAUCGUCAGUGCCCUUUGCUCCAAAGGGCAUGCUAAGAAGGCCGAAGGUGUAAUUUUGCAUCACAAAGACAAGAUCGCAGGUGUAAUGCCUUGCAUUUAUCGAAGUCUUCUUCAUGGUUGGUCUGUGCAGAGGAAUGUGAAGGAAGCUCGAAAAGUUAUCCAACAGAUGAAGUCAGAUGGGUUUAUCCCAGAUUUGUUUUGUUACAACACAUUUCUCAGGUGCCUUUCUGAGCGCAACCUGAGGCAUAAUCCUUCAGGACUUGUACCUGAAGCUUUGAAUGUGAUGAUGGAGAUGAGAUCUUACAAGAUUUCCAUGACCUCAAUUAGUUACAACAUAGUGCUUUCUUGCUUGGGGAGGGCUAGAAGAGUCAAGGAAUCGUGUCGAAUUCUUGAAACGAUGAAAACUUCUGGGUGUGCUCCAGAUUGGGUUAGCUAUUAUCUUGUGGCUAAGGUGUUGUUUCUGAGUGGGAGAUUUGGCAAGGGAAGAGCAAUAGUGGAUCAGAUGAUCAGCGAAGGCUUAGUACCAAACUGCAAGUUCUAUUACAGUUUGAUUGGCAUUCUUUGCGGAGUUGAGAGGGUUAAUUAUGCUCUUGAAUUGUUUGAAAUAAUGAAGAGAAGCUCAUCGGGCGGUUAUGGACCUGUUUAUGAUGUGCUCAUUCCAAAGCUUUGUAGAGGAGGACAAUUUGAGAAAGGAAGGGAGCUUUGGGAUGAAGCUAUACGCAUGGGCAUCGCUCUUCAGUGCUCGGAGGAUGUUUUGGAUCCUUCAGUAACAGAAGUUUUCAAACCCACGAGGCCAGAAAAAAUUAUCCUCUUGGACAGCUCAAAAGCUAAGCCUCCAAAGAAAGCUAGAACUACAAAACGUUUGGGGAAACAAAGGAGUAUGAAGAAAAAGAAGAAAAAGAAAUCAUAGUACUACUUAAUUGGUAUGAAGUCCUAGUUACACUUGGGAUCAUUGCUGCAAUUUAAUUAUCAUUAAAUAGAUUAUAAUACAGUGGGAUCCUACUUUUAUUGAAUUGUAUGCCUAUUUGUUGUUGGAUCUUAUGCCUUCCUUGAUAAUAUAUGUUCAUGUUCUAUCUUUGCUUGAUAAUGCGUUAUUUCAGUUGAACA